AUGUACACCCAAUACAAGCUAUUGGACCUGGUGGAGGGGAAGGAGAAGAUGCCGGAGGUCACGGAGCUGAAAGGAGCAUGGAUGAAGCGCUCGUUCGACGCGUACAUGCUUAUGGUGCAAGUGGUUGGCGGACGACAACUCGACCACAUCAAGGACCUCUUGGAUUAUCUAGAAUGUGGAACCAAGGCUUGGAGGAAGCUUCUGGAUGUGCAGUCAUCGACACAUGCUACCGGCAUCGUGCUACUCGCGCGGCGGCUGCGCGACAUAAAGUUCAGCGUGGAUUACAUUCGCGCGCGCAUCCUAGAGGGGGACUUGCGGCGGCAGAGUGUGAAGCGCUCGGAGGAGCGGGCUGGCUAUGGAGUUGGAGGUGGAAAGAGUGGCUUCAAGAAGAAGUGGAAGGGCAAGAACAAGGAAAACCCUAAGGAGGAUGGCGGCGGGGGCCAACGGUAG